AUGCGCAUCGCCAUGCUGAAAAAACACACUGGCGGAUGGCGACCGAUAGGCCUUACAUCGGUCAUGUGGCGAAUCGGGGCCAAGGCCAUCGCCAGGGCCAUGCGCCCAUGGAUGGCCAGUUGGCUCGAUGCUCAUACGAUGGGGGGGGUGUUUGGCGCCUCGGUGGCCGAAGUACAUGCUAUGAUAAACUUUGACAACACUUGUGCUGCCAUCUUUGUGGCAGAGGACUUGUCGUCCUUCUUCGACACUGUCGAUUGGCAGGCUUUGUUUGUCACUUUGCAGCACUUACGGGCACUCGCCCAUGCUGGCCGCCGCCCUAUUGCACUGCUGGUCCUCGCUCGUGUCGGCCACGGGUUGCAGCAGGCCAAGGUUACCAGCGACAGGUUUGACAGGGCACAUGGCUUCAAAUGCACGAAGCGCAAGUGCAGUGUUGCCGGCGCCAACACACCCCGCCGAGCGGUGGUUACAGAGGCCUUCGAGUAUGAAGCCACGGGGGAGCUUAAGCCACUAGGCGUGGUUCAUGUUGUUGGGGAUCCGGGGGCAAUGCGCCUCGCCUCUGACGCAUGGGACAAAAUGCGUGCACGCGCUGCCUACGUGCGCAUGAUCCCUGCACAUGCGUCCUUGCGCAACAAACUCAUGCGCCCGUUGGUUGCUCCCUGCAUCAUGUGGGCCCCUUAUGUGGUGGCUAACAAUGCCACCUUGCUGCGUGACCUACGCAAGUUGCUGCUGCGCGGAGCCUUUCCAAAGGCGCUCAGGGAGACGACAUGGCUUGUCCUUCUUGAGGCCCUUGGGCGUGAAUUUGAUCCCACCUGCAUGGCUACUUGUGCGGUUUUCACGCAAGCCGUACGUUGGCAUUGCAGUGAGCCGAGGUGGCUCGACACCGUGCCUCUUGAGUUUGCAGGUGGCGCCAGAUGUCUCUUUGCCGGGCACGUGCAGCUCUUUGCCAAAGCGCAGACCAAGGAUGAGUACAAUGCUUCCCUUGUCACGGGAGGCAGCUGCUGGACAGUCAUGCCAAACACACGACUGCAUGAAGUUCACCCACACGCGGUUUGUUUGUGCGGUGCCAAGUUGCCGUCAAGGCCGCACCUACGGUGGCAAUGCCCGGCAACUGAGGACCUCCGGCGACACAUGAGACAGCCUCGGACACGCGCGGAGCAUCGCCUGCUCGCUGUGGCACUCGAUGAAAGGCCGGGCCCACUUCAAGGGGUGGAGGGGCGGGACGAAGUGCUCAACCAGCUCCCGUCGGCCCUGCUGAGCGACUCACUUAGCAGUACUACCGACGGCUCAGCCGCUGAGGGGGUGGCUGCCACAGACUGCAUUUCGCUGUGA